AUGCUCCACGAGCCACACAUGGGUAUUGUGAAGUCUAAAGCCUUAGCUAGGAGUUACGUUUGGUGGCCCGGGAUCGACGAGGCCGUGGAGCGCAUGUGCCGCGAGUGCAACGCGUGUGCUUUACAAGCGGAUGCUCCACCAAAACAAGCUCCUUGCAUGUGGCUUUGGCCAGAUCGGCAAUGGUCGAGAAUUCAUCUUGAUUUUAUGGGUCCAAUUGCCGGAAAGACGUAUCUUGUGGUAAUUGACGCUAUGUCCAAAUGGGUGGAGAUAUUCCAUAUGACUAGUACUACAGCUACCGCUGUAAUAACAACCUUGUGCGAAUUAUUCAGCAGGUGGGGAAUACCCAAACAAAUUGUUUCAGACAAUGGGCCGCCUUUUUCAAGUACAGAAAUGAGAAAUUUCAGCCAGGGUAUCGGUGUCGAACAUAUUUUUUCUGCGCCUUAUCAUCCAGCCUCAAAUGGUUUAGCGGAUAUCACGGUAAAGACUUUGAAGAAGGUAAUAAAAAAAGCCCUGUAUGAGAAAAAUGAUGUAAAUAAGGCCCUAUGGACUUAUCUGUUAUAUUACAGAAAUACUAUUCAUCCUACUACUGGACAGAGUCCAGCCAUGUUACUUCAGGGUAGGAAACUCCGUACCAAACUCGACACUUUGAAGCCCGACAUUAAGGCCGUAGUGCAUAAGGCGCAGCAACGGCAGAAGUUGGCUGCGGGGGGAACACAUAGGGAGUUAGGGCCGCAAGAAGAGGUUUGGUAUAGACAAUAUCUUAAGGGAGAAAAAUGGGCUCCUGGUCAAGUUGUGGAUAAGACCGGAUCGGGCGAUUAUAACGUCAAGGGGGCGGAUGGGUCAGUGUUUCAUAGACAUGUUGAUCAAUUGAAGCGGCGUUCAGGUAGACAGUCUCUUGUAUAUUCCGUACCAGAAACUUUGGAUAUCCGUACAAAUCCUAGUAACGGGGUAGCUUGUAAUCGCAAUGAAACCAAUGAGGAGACUCGGACGGAGUCGGUCGGGGGCUCGGCGGCGCCGGGGUCAGACGCGGUGGUAUCAUCGGAGCAUGCAUCUCAACCGAUUAGUUCUCCUUCUAAGUCACCACAUGGAUCGCCCAUUUUUCAAGAUGCGUCACCUAGCGCACUGGCAUCACCGGAUGUUUCGGGACCGAGCAUACCAUCUUCGUCUGUCGUUUUACCGAGCACACCGUCACCACCCCGUGGUCGUCCUUUUAGACAAUGCCGUCUUAAAGGAAUUACUAGGUUAGACCUUUAGUUAAUGUUCUCACUUAUGAGAGUUUGUUUUAUUUAUUAUUAUUAAAUAUUGUGGAGGAUUGUAGUGUAGGCCGCUUACAUUAAGAAACAUACUUGGUUGUCAGUUUGAGUUGUGUCUAAUUUUGUCAAUACAUUAAUUUGUGCUGA